AUGGUAAUUACGGGAAUGGAAAUAGUGGUGGCCAGAAUAACGGUGGCUACGGCCGUGGCGGAUACCGCGGCGGCUUCAGAGGAAGUGGCAGAGGCUUCGGCCGCGGAAACAACCCAGGCGGCGGAAAUGGAGGUGGCCAAGGAAACUACCAACAGGGUGGUGGCCAAUACGAUAACGCCGGAGGACAGAACCCUAACCCGGCAGACGAUAUCGGACAACAACAAGGAAAUGAAGGUGACGCUGAAACUCCAUUUUGGCGAUGGAGCAAUGGACGGCAUAACCGCAGUAAUCGUCGACCCGGUAACAGGAGAUCCGAUUCCAUACGCCCCAUGGGAUGUGUCAGAAGAGAGCGCCGAACAUGCUAACCAGACAGCCCUCGACCAGCUGUGGGACCUGAUACCAAAAAGUGAACAUCAAGAUCCGAUAGUCCAAUCGAACACACUGAUCAGCAUGAUGCGGCAUCGAGCGGAGAUAGAUAAAGCUCAUUUCCGACUCACAAGAAGAAUGGAAAACGGAUCGUAUAAAACGGUAUUCUACGACGCGAAACUGAACCCUCUGUGGGAGAUUGACGAUUCGGAAGAGGAGGAAGCUGACGACGAUUCGGCAGAAGAAUCGGUCGAUGAAGAUGAAGAGGACGAGAUAGCCGAGGAAGAUAACCAGCCUCCAAAAGUGGCCGUUAAGCCGAAAAAAGCAGAUAAAUUGGAAGAAGCUAUGAAACGGGGCAAGACUAAGAAAAGCGGCAAAAAAGAAUCAAAAGAUGAUGAUAAAAAGAAGAAGAAGGGCGAUGAAAAAGAAGCUAAGGGUCACGGAAGGAAGACGGGAGAGAGAAAGAAAAAGGACAAGCCGUCCUCUCCCGAUGUCGAAAUUCUUGAUGAAACAGUUGGCGAAGUUGAAGCAAGGUCAUCGACACCUACAACUUCGAAGAAAUUCGUAAUCGAAUCGGCAACCUCCAAGGCCAAGACUGAUGAACCGCCGACAACUAAAGGAAAGGUCAUAGCGGUGAAGCAGAUUGUUCCGGUCGUCAUCUCGGCAUCCACUCCGAAAGAGCGUAGAGAGAAAGGAAAGCGUGAAAAAGCAAAACGAGAGACGUCACGAGAAUCAGAAGCGUCAGAAGGCAAGGAUCGCACACCCAGACUUAAAAUGGAGCUGGAGGCCUGGAAGAUAGCCGUCACAGAUGUGGCUUUGGGCGCCAUUGGCGGUACCAAUGGAGCGUCAUGGGGUGACCUUUCAAAUUUCAUGGCUGUCCAUCAUGAACUGGGAGAACUGAAUAUCGAGAAAGACAAAGAAUGA